AAAUGUCGAAUAAAAAUUAUGAAAAACAAUGACUGAAAAAAUAGGAUAAUGUUUAUGUGCCAAAAUAUUUUAUGAAUACCAGACUUAACUUAACUGUCGUGAGCUGCUAAGCCCUAUAGACCAUGAACGAUAAUAACAGGACCCACAACAGUGAAGCUAUGGAAAAAAUAAUCACAAAUAUGACGGCUGAAAAUAUCGACGGCCAGUAUGUUCCUUUGGGCAUUCCGCAUCCGACCCCUUCAGAACCACUAAACUGGGCCCAACCGCCCUAUGUUAACCAGUUCAACUCGGGCGUGGAACAGUAUCCCCCACAACCCUUUAAUUUCAUUCCUCACAUGUUUGAACCAAAUGGCUACAAGAAGACCUUCAACAACCUCCCAGAAGCGGAUAUGUACUCAAUGCAACAUAAUGGAGCUGCAGAUGUUGGUUUGUUUGAUAGAGAUUAUAAUUAUAUUCCAAAUAUACCACAUGUGCUGAAUAAUGUCUCUGAUCAUCCUCUAAUGCAUCCUCAGGAAACUGUAAGAAAAAAUCCUAAUCACACCCAACUUAUUGAUCAUUUAGUUGGAAACUGGAUGGUUCCUAAUAACAGUGGGACUUACUCCCCAUUUGGAAGUCCAGAAAGCUACAAACCAAAUGUUUUUGAUUUGUCUGAACUGUCAAAUGCAAAUGUUAUUCAUCAAAUGAGUGAUGACCCCAAGUACAAGAAUGAAGUUACUUUGGAAGAUGUUCAGUUUCAAUUCAAUCGUGAUACCAGGAAACCUCGCAUUGUAGCAGAGGUAAAACCAAUGCGCCCUAGUUAUUCUGAUGUAUUAACUAAACCUGUUCCCCAACAAUCAGUGAAGCCACUGAAAUCAGAUACUAAAGAAUCGAAAGUGAAGAAGGAAGGUAAGAAAAACACAAAGAAUGACAAGAAUCAGAAAGUAUGUGUCAACAUUAAUAGAAGUAACACAAAUAAUGAUAUUAAAGAUCUACCUACAGAAAAAGUUAACCAUCAAGCUAAAAUGGAGAAGAAGUGUAAUGGCAAAGACAGUCAGCUAAACAGAAAGUGGGCAUCUCUAGAUAAUAUUACAGAUCCUCAGACAAAACUAGAUGACUCAAAAAAGAAGAAAUCUGAAGAUACUAAAACUUGCAGCAAGAAUAAUUUCAAAAAAUGCAAUAAGACUGUCAAUGAUAUCAUUGAUGAUGAAUCAGAAGGUGUGAAAAAUGAAUCUUUCAGUGUCACUAAGAAUGGUGUGAAGAAAAUCAAUAAGCCUAGUGUCAGGCCCAAAUUGAAUGAUUCCUUUGGGACCAGUGAUAGGCCUCCUGGUAAGAGAAAUCAAAGAACAAGAAAGAGAGAAACUCAUGUUCCUUUUGGCAUAUUUGGACAAAAGCUGAAACAGUAUACAAAGGGCUGGUGGAAGAUUUUGACAGGAUUCUUGAUGUGGCUGUUCCUUUUGAUCUCUGAUAUAUGUCUGUUAAGCUUAAACAUUAGCCGUGAUAUGGCUUCCAUAUCCUGGUGCUGGCUCCUCCGGCGCUGGUCGACGUGCGUCGAAUCGACAGGCGCGGUACUCGGCCGCCUUCCCCUCCUCCGGUGGCUGUGCGGCAAGCUGCAGGGCCGCCCGCGGGACCCGUCAGCGGGGCGGGCGGAAGACGAGGGCGGACCGCGGUUCGCGCAUCCCGGCCUGCCCAACAACAUCAGCAUGCCGACAACUGGCGACGAGGCGAUGAAGCGGCUUCUGGCUUGCAAGGGGAAGGAUCCGUACAGCAUUUUGGGCGUGUCGCCCGCGUGUACGGAUGAGGAUAUCAAGAGGUACUACAAAAGACAAGCGUUCUUAGUGCACCCUGAUAAGAAUAAUCAGCCCGGUGCUGAGGAGGCGUUCAAGAUAUUGGUGCACGCGUUUGAUAUGAUCGGCAAGCCUGAGAGGAGGGCGUCAUAUGAUAGAGGUGUUGUUGAAUCUGCCCAAGUAGCCCAAGCGUGGAGCGAACUGACAGAGCUCUUGCAACAGCUGCAGCAAAAAGUCGAAUCGGCUGCCAAUACGAUAAGGUGCAGCUCGUGCGGUUUGAGGCACAAGCGAGUGAAAAUCGACAGGCCGGGUUAUGCGGCUCGAAACUGCAACACCUGCAAAAUCCACCAUUCGGCACGUGAAGGAGACAUCUGGGCCGAAGCUAAGGUAAUGGGCUUUCUCUGGCACUACUAUGCUUGCAUGGAAGGGGCCGUUUACGACAUAACCGAAUGGGCGGGCUGCCAGAAGGAUAGCUUGAAGCAUCUGAGGCCCGACUCGCACAAUGUGCAGUAUCGAAUAGCUCUGGGGAAGCAGAACCAGCCGCGGAGACACGCGGGGGCGGCCGCGCAUACCGACAGGCCGGACCUGGAAAAUCUGCUGAACACUCUGUAUGGGCAAAGCGACGGGGCGCCAAGUAGUCGUCGUAGAAAUAAGAAGAAUAAAUGAAGAUGUGCUUCAAUAUUCAAAUUGUAUGUUCUGUGCUAUGAAAAUGCUAUACCACAUUAAUGCUAGGCGCUUCAAGAAUAAAUGUUUUAAAUGC